UCUCUCGGGGGGUGGGCUCUCACAUGCAGCGUGUUUCUGGCGGGGGACCCGGUCGCCGGCAGGUGGUCCCUCUGGUCCUGCGUGGUCUCGCCCCUCCGCGCAGCUGCGGCUGUGCUGUGUAAAGCCGCCCCAUUUGCUGGCACCAGCCUUUCAUAUUCUGGGUUAUUUGAGUUCCUCCCAUCCUGAUUCCUUUAAAGCUGUCAAACGUCGAGCCGCUGUUGCAGUCUCCGCCGCCCGCCGCUUGAUCGGAGGAUUUGCUAUCGCUCCAGUGACUCCGCCAAGCCACAGCUGCCGUCCGGGAAACGCGAGCAACCGGCUCCUGUAACACGGUCACGGGAGCAAGGAUGGUGCGGAUGGGCAACGUGCUGUUGCUGAUGUUGGCCUGGGCCCUGGGCGUGUUCACGGCCCAGCUCAGCCCCCCCGACCCCUGCUAUGACGACGCCGGCCAGCCGCGGCGCUGUGUGCCCGACUUCGUCAACGCGGGCUUCGGGCGCGAGGUGCGAGUGUCGAGCACGUGCGGCGCGCCUCUCGGCAGCGCGUGCCCGGCGGGAGCACGUCGUCUGUGCCGCGUGUGUGACGCGCACCCCGCCGCCUUCCUCACCGACCCGCACAACGCGCACAACCUCAGCUGCUGGCGCUCGGCCGAGGUGGGGCGGGCGGCCCACAACGUGUCGCUCAGCCUGGCGCUGCACAAGAAGUUCGAGGUGACCUACGUGAGCCUGCACUUCUGCUCGGCGCGCCCGGACUCCAUGGCCAUCCUCAAGUCCAUGGACUACGGCCACACAUGGGUGCCGCUGCAGUUCUACUCGUCGCAGUGCCGCCGCCUCUACCACACGUCCGCCGGCGCCACCGUCACCAAGCAGAACGAGCAAGAGGCCUUGUGCUCCGACGCCCUGGCCGCCCCGCAGCCGCUGCCCGGCGGCCUGGUGGCCUUCAGCACGCUGGACGGCCGGCCCUCGGCCCAGGACUUCGACAGCAGCCCGGUGCUGCAGGACUGGGUGACGGCCACCGACAUCCGCGUAGAGUUCCACCGGGCCUCCGGCGCCGGCGCCGACGACGACACCUUUCAGUACGCCGUGGCCGACUUUCAGGUGGGCGGCCGCUGCCGCUGUAACGGGCACGCGUCGCGCUGCCUGAAGGACAAAGAGGGCCGGCUGGUGUGUGACUGCAGGCACCACACGGCCGGAGCAGACUGCGACCGCUGCAAACCCUUCCAUUACGACCGGCCCUGGCAGAGGGCGACUGCUCGCGAACCCAACGAGUGCCUAGCGUGUAGCUGCAAUCUGCAUGCUCGACGAUGCCGGUUUAACAUGGAACUUUACAAGCUCUCCGGCCGAAAGAGCGGCGGCGUUUGCCUAAAUUGUCGGCACAAUACUGCAGGACGACAUUGCCACUACUGUAAGGAAGGAUUCUAUCGAGACCUCACCAAGGCUAUUACUCACCGCAAAGCUUGCAGAGCUUGUGAUUGUCACCCUGUUGGAGCUGCGGGUAAAACAUGCAAUCAAACAACAGGACAGUGUCCUUGCAAGGAUGGCGUGACUGGCAUCACAUGCAACCGAUGUGCCAAGGGUUACCAGCAGAGCCGUUCUCCUGUUGCCCCUUGUAUCAAGAUCCCAACAGCAUCGCCGAGGUGGGUGGCAAGCAGCACCGUGGAACCUGUGGAUUGUGAAUCAUACUGCAAACCUGUGAAAGGCAACUUGAAGAUUAACAUGAAAAAAUACUGCAAGAAAGACUACGCCAUUCAGGUUAAUGUUCUGGAUAUGGACACAGUGAGUGAAUGGGCAAAGUUUACUGUGAAUAUCAUAUCAGUUUAUAAGAGCAGAGACGAGAGGAUCAAACGGGCAGACCAAUCUUUGUGGAUCAAUAUGAAGGACUUGGCUUGCAAGUGCCCAAAAAUUCAAAUGAGCAAGAACUACCUGGUGAUGGGGAACUUCGACAGCACGUCUGAGAGGCUUGGAGGUCUCCUGGCUGAUAAAAACAGUCUUGUCAUUCAGUGGCGAGAUGUGUGGACAAGAAGACUUCGAAAAUUCCAGCGCAAAGAGAAAAAAGGGAAAUGUGGGAAAGCAUGAUUGAUCAAUUUUGGAAAAGCUUUAAGAAGCAUCAUGGGCUACAAUUCCAACAUACUUUGGGUUCAAAAUACGCUUUUCAGUCAUUGCUGAAAGGAGAUUUAGACUGUGAUGAGGAGACAGGAGGGUGUAAAUGACACGAUAUUCACCACUUGUUACACAAACUUGGCUGAAUAUGCUUUGCAAAUUGAACGUUUCUUUUUUAAAUGUGCCCAUGACUCCUUUCUACAGGCAAAGGUCAGGCUGCCAUAGAAGGGUUGUUCUCCGAUCCCAGAGCCAUUAGUAUCUGACAGAAGGACAUUUCCUCCAUGUCCUGCCCAUUGUCCCCACCCCCUCACCCCAAAUGAAGUACACAGUAUCAGUUUUUUUGCCUGUUAUGACUAACAUUCGAGACAAAAUGUGGUAGUGUAUGUGAGGCCGACAGCUGUGCUGAACAUAGAGUAUAAAUAUGGACUGGUUCCAAGAUUUUUACAGCCAGAUUGUUGGCAUGCAGCAAGUUAAUUGUUAACAUUGUGUAUUUUGAGCUGUGAUUUGAAAAUAUCCAGUUUCAAUUCGAUUUUGCAAAAUGCAUCAGUAUUGUACAACUUUUAGUCCAUUAUGCAACCCUUCUGUUUAAAAAGCUUAUGACAUUUCCAUGGCCAUUGGUCACUUUGUCAGAUAAUCUGUAAAGAUAAUCCAUCUCUAAACCAACCUCCCAAAAUGCUCAAAUUACAACGAUAUCAGCCUUGUCUCAGUAGCACACACAUCAACUCGGAGUAUUUUAUUUAAAUGAUUUUAAUUUAAAAUAUUCAAGUAUCUCUCUAUGGAUUUGAACGUAUCACCCUUAAAGUGCAGAAUCAACAAAAGAGCAAAUGAUUUUCAGUGAACUGGUCCUUAAGUACCAAGGUCACAUGUACCUAGGUACGGUGAAAUUUCUUUUUUGCAUCCAGUUCAGUCAAAAUUCUUACUCUACAUAGGCACAAUCAUACUUAAAUACAAUAGUGUCAAAAUAGUAGAUUACACAAGUCGCCAUGUUUCCGGCCCUACCUUGUUUCUUUUCUAUGUUUUGUGCAAGGGAUGACCUCUGCAAAAUGUUGUCAAACACGGCUUCAUACACAGUACUACAGACCCUGAAGGUUUAACGCAGGCAGGGCCUUUCGUCUAUAUUUUCUUGACCCUAAUCCCAAAGGUGAGAGCAGAGGCACAGUGGAGAGAGACCUCGGGCUGGGGAUCGUGUGGGUACAUGUGACAAUAUAGUGCCAUUGAAGCUUCCCAAAGAAAUCAGUACCCCAAGAGCCAAACUAGAGCAUUGGAUGAGGAGGAGCAGGUCAUUUCAAUGUACUUCUAAAUAACACACCUGUAUUCUUCAAGGUCAUGUUCAUUUCUUGCAUCCUCAGCAUAACACGUUAUCAAAAUGCACUACAGCAGUUCAGUGCGGUUACUGCAGAGUAUAUCAUGAAUAGCAACUCACACACAAUCCUAACACUAUCUCACUAUUACAUUUUCGCUACCUAUGAAUAAUUGAAGUUCUCUUCUGAAAUAGUAGGCAGUAGGGCCUACCAAGCAUGUUCUUCAAUUCAGUAAUAUCAUGGCCUCCCUGAUUUUGUCUUGAACUCUUUGGUGCAUGUUUCACAUAUUUUUUCUCUGCCUUGAAUAUGUUCAAGAAACCCACCCAUUUCUAGGUAUUUUCCAGAGAUUCACCACAGAGAAGAAAUUCCUCAUCUCCAACUUAAAUUGGUGAUGCCUUAUUCUGAAGAAUUGCCUCCGAGUUGUAUAUUUCACCAAGCGGAGAUUUGUCCUCUUGGGAUUCUGAGUGGAUGAUUUCCCCCAUGGUGGAAGAUAGAGGUGGAACGGCAGUGCAGACUCGAUGGGUCGAAUGGCCUACCUCUGCUCCUAUGUCCUACCUCUGCUCCUAUGUCCUACAUUUAUGAUAUAUGUGAAAGGUUUGGACGAAAAUGCAAAUAGGUUGGUUAGCAAGUUUGCAGACAACGCCAAAAUUGAUAGAGAUUCAGACAAUGAUGAAGGCUGUCAAAGGAUACAGUAAAAUAUAAAUCAAUUACAGAUAUGAGCGGAGACUUGGUAGAUGGAGUUGAAUCCAAGCAAGUGUGAGGUGUUGCACUUUGGGAGGUCGAUUGUAAGGGGAAAGUAUACAGUUAAUAGCAAGACCUUAAACAUCAUUGCUGUAUAAAGAGACUUUGGGAUUCAAGUCCUCAGAAUGCAGAAAGUGGCAAUACAAGUAGUUUUAAUGUUAACAAAGGCAUAGUAUGUUUGCCUUCAUUGGUUGGGGCAUUGAGUAUAAGAGUCAAUAUUGUUCUAAUACAAGAAGAUAGACACAAAGUGCUAGAGUAACUCAGCAGGUCAGGCAGCAUUUCUGGAGAGAAAGGAUUGAUGACAUUUCGGAUGGGAACUUAUCUUCAAACUGAGGAAGAGUUCCAACCUGAAACGUUACCCAUCCUUUCUUUCCAGAGAUGCUGCCUGACCUGUUGAGUUACUCCAGCACUUUAUGUCUAACUUUGGUAUAAACCAGCACCUGCAGUUCCUCCCUACUCAAAUUGUUCUAAUAUGACCCACAGUACCACUUUAAUAAUGCUCUUUAAAUAAUGUACCAUUCCCAUCGACAGAGUCCUUCUGACUGUGGAACAUGUGUUCCUUUCUGACAAUGGAGCAGCUCCUCCAGUCUGUUGAUGUGUUAGUGCAGUGAUCCUCCUGCAGUGUCCUUCUGACGACUGAGUGACGGACUGCGGACUGUAUAGUCAUUUCUCAGUACUGCCCCUCUGACAGCGAUCAGUCCCUCAGUAUGGCAGUGGAUUGACAACCCACAUACCUAAAGUGAUGCUUGAACACAGAUAUGAGUGGUAGCUACUGAGGCAUAGCUGACACACGCAGUGCAGGUGCAUUCACUCUGGAUUCUUUUGUUCCUUCCUCUGGAAAUAUUUCACAAUUAUUUUAAUGCUGCCCAGGUUUUUUUAAUUUGUUUGCACUUGUGCUGAAGGCUGCAUGACAGAGAAUGUUCAUUAUGUCUCCCAUAUAUUCAGCGCCCUUGCAGAGGAUAAACCUGUGUCAUAACCCUACACAUACAGGUUGGGGUUAGCUCAAAGGUCAAACACAUCCCUAAGAUAUUAAUUUUCUACUGGUUUUACCGAUUAAAAAGGCAAAACUCUGGGAUAUUAUAAACUGUAUUAGUGCUGCUUUAAUAUAAAUGGGUUGCAUUUUUUGUUACUUGCAGCUGAUCGCUGAUGUUGUAUCCUAAAACUAUGAUAUACUGAGAGCAUUUGACCAGACACUAUAAAAUCAGAGUCAUACAGCACGGAAACAAAACAUUCAGCUUACUUGACCAUGUUGGCUAAGAUGCAAGCGAGUUCCCAUUUCCCUGAAUUCGGCCCAUAGCUCUCUAAAUAUCCAUGUACCUGUCCAAAUUUCUUUUAAAUGUUGUUUUUUGUACCUGCCUCAACUACUCUUCAGGCAGAUGUUCCAUAUACCCACCUUCAUAAAGAGGAAUUGUUCUUUCUCUAAUCUUUGACUAUCCACUCUGGGAUUUAAUUAAUGAUAGUCAUCUGGUUCAGGAUGAUAAGAUGUACAAUCUUACCACCAUCUCAGUAGAUAUACACCAACAAGACUGUGCAGCGACAUGCGAGUUGUUCCAAAACCCCAAUAGUGAAGGUGUUAACUUUGGGUCCAUGGGUUUUUUUAUGGCCUGCCAUCAUAUUCAUUGACCAGGUUAUUUGUUAAUGAGUAAGAACUGUAUGUAGAUGUUCUGUCCAAAUGGUUUGGCUUUGCCAGUAACCUGAAUUAUGUCCUUGAAUCAAAAUUUGAGAUAAUGUAAUUGUGUAGGACUCUUAUCCUUUCCACCUGUUAUGCAAAAGUAAAGAACGGGAUUUUAUCUUUUGCUUGACCAGGAAAAUAGAAUACAACGUGCUGAAUAAAAUCAAUCCUUGCCAUUACCAUGGAAGUCACACUGUGCACUAUUAGCAAUGCCAACGUUGUCCUAAUGUGCAUAUUGGCAAAUCCAUGGAGAUCAUGCAUGGAGGGCAUGUAAUGCCACAGAGAUCCGAGUUUGGUCAAUUGAUAUUGCCCUGAAGGCCCAGGAGAGUGUGAUUCGAACGGCUAAGAAGGUCACAGGGUACACUAUCAACAUUACCAAAGGCGUUGUGAUGUGCAUGAUUGGCAUGUAAUUUCACCUGGGAAUCCACAUCUCGAUUUCAGAGCAAAUAUUUUAGCAUUUUGUAUUUCCAUAUCUGGAAUUUGGGUUUUACACUGAGCAGUCCUCAAAUAUUCCCAGUUAACAUUAAGAAAAUUAAAGGCUUGUGAGACCACCAGGAAACCAGUUUAUGGCUUCAAUGUGUGCUUUUUUAACAGUAUUGCAAGAACUGAAAUGUGUAAAUGUGCAUGAAAAUAUUUUAGCUUAUUUAUGAUAUUUUUUAUUGUUUAUAUAAAAAAUAAAACUUCACCAAAUUGUCUCCGUCAA